CAACACUCAACAACACUUCUUUCACAAACUAACAUGACAAACUUUCCCAAUUCCACUACCACACUCAUCCUCACCUUCCUCUUCCUCUUCCUCUUCCUCUUCAACCCUCCUCAACCAAAACACACCGCAGCAGCAUCCACAGAACCACCGUGCUCAGACAGCGUUUGCCACAUCAAAGAGCCCCUAAUCCGCUUCCCAUUCCACAUCCAACAAACCAACAAAGACACAGAGACAUCAUGUGGGUACCCAGGAUUCAGCGUUUCUUGCAGUGAAACUGGCAAAACACUCCUCAAUUUGCCAAACUCAGCUGAACAAUUCACCAUCCAUAGAAUCAACUACGCUUCACAGCAACUCUUCGUGAACGACCCAAACAAUUGCCUCCCGAAGCGUCUUCUCUCGCUCAACCUCACUGGCUCCCCAUACGACGCCGUUUACUAUCAGGAAUUCACCUUCUUCAACUGCUCCUCCUUCAACUUGGACUACCUCACACGUCGAUACAAACCCAUAGCUUGUCUCAGCGAUGACGGUUCUUCUUCUUCUUCGUCUUCGAGGUACAGUGUUUUUGCAACACCUUCGCGUUCUGCGGUUGUGCAAUUGUCAUCGGUUUGCGAACUGGUUGGGACGGUGAAGGUGCCUGUUCAGUCGCCGUUUUAUGAUCAGGUUAUGUCGUCGGAGCUGAACGAGGAUCUUCGGUUGUCGUGGAAUUCGCCGUCGUGUGUGAGGUGUGAGUCUCGCGGUGGCCGGUGUGGGUUCGGAAGCAAUGAUUCCGCUGUUGAACUUGGCUGUUUCAAUGUUCCUCCACGAGGGAUGUCCCGUGAAGCAACUUACCUCAUAGCAAUAUGCGUUAGUGUACCGGCACUAUUGUGCUUCAUUGCACUCUUGAGUUGCAUCUGCACCAGGUUCAGAUUUGGUACCCACGGCUGGGCUUGGGCUCGUGAGGCGGUGGCCGAUUUUGAGCCACUUCUUAACCCACGGCGAACCAAUAAUACGGGCCUUGAUGGGCCGACGAUUGCAUCCUACCCGAAAAUAGUAAUAGGUGAUGAGGGUACCCGCUUACCCAAGCCCGACGACAAGGCCUGCCCAAUAUGCCUAUCAGAGUACAUGCCAAAGGAGACAGUGAAAACCAUACCUGAGUGUGAACAUUGCUUUCAUGCACAAUGCAUUGAUGAAUGGCUUCCACUGAAUGCAUCGUGCCCUAUUUGCAGAAAUUCUCCAAGAAAGUUACCACAACGUCUUGCUCCAUCAUGCUAGCUACUUUUCUAAUCUCUCAAAUUUAUAAUACACAACUCGUCAAAACCAAAUCUAGGGAUCGACAAGAAAUUUCAGACAGGGCUCCUCUGUUUCUAAUUUCCCUUGCAUUGUAUGUAGCACUGAAACGUAUACCUUGCAACUCAUUAUCAGAAUUUACAUACGGCCAUGAUCCAAAGUUGUCUAUAAUCAAUCAAACUCAUGUUAUAUUUAGAA